AUGGCCGACGUCCGUGACUUGGUCGGACGACAACUAUGGAAUCCUCCCGCCGAGACCACCACCUCGAAGCCGCACUGCACGCCCUUUACCCUCCCUAGCAACGGCGUCAUUAGGCUCGGCGACUCCGCCGCCAUCACCCUUACCACCAAUGUCGUCUUCCAACCCGAGUGUACUGGCACCACCACGGCCGACAAUGUAUUCGCUGUCAGCUCUCUGAAGAAUCCCUUCUAUGCCUCCGUGAUACCCAUGGUCUACGUAAUCGCUUCGGCGACCGUGAUCGCUUGGAUUCUCGUUGUCAUGCUCACCAUUACUCCGCGCACCCAAUUCUUCGGUCUUCCUAGUCAACAGGCGGCCUUCAGCAAUGUCCAUGGCAUCAUUGGAGGCGCGCAUGGAGGAGCGGCGAGUGUUUCUGGCGGUGGAUCGAGACCAUGGUUGCAAAAGGUGGCUACAAUCGCCGUUGCGAUAUCUCUUACCAUUGCGACGGCGGAUACCCUCGAAGUGGCCGAACGGCAGUAUUACAUGGGAGUUAUGGAUGCCGAUACCAUGCGCAAGGAAGUUCUGGGUUCGCUGGAGAUACGCAUUACCCGAGUCGUGUCGGACGUCUUUCUCUGGCUUGCGCAGGUACAGACUCUGAUACGACUGUUCCCGCGCCACAAGGAGAAGGUGCUGAUCAAGUGGAUCGGCUUCCUUCUCAUCAUUCUGGAUACCGUCUUCUCAUGUCUGAAUUCGUUCCUGAUUAACUCACAGGCCAAAGGACGGCAUUUCGUGAACGCAAUCCCGGCGUUAUCAUACCUCUUCGAACUGGCACUUGGCCUACUUUACGCCGCUUGGGUCCUCUACUACUCGAUGACGAAACGGCGAUAUGCGUACUACAAUCCGAAGAUGCGCAGCAUCUCUCUCAUCGCACUGCUUUCGAUUGUAUCGAUACUGACACCCGUGGUAUUCUUCGUAACGGAUGUUUCAAACCAGGACGUGGCCGGGUGGGGUGACUAUUUUCGAUGGGUCGGAGCUGCAGCUGCGAGCGUGGUGGUCUGGGAGUGGGUGGAGAGGACCGAGGCUCUGGAGCGAGAUGACAAAAAAGACGGCAUUUUGGGAAGAGAGAUUUUUGACGGUGAUGAGAUGUUGGACGUGAUGCCCAAUGAUGAUACCCCGUGGUCACAGAGUAGAAGUCUUGCAAGAAACUACAGGCAACACCGCGAUGAAGACCAAGGUGAUGGCAAUCAAGCCAGCAGAAUCGAGCAUGGCUUCAGCGGUAUGGCCAAUCGCUUUCGGAGGCAUGAGCAGUCACCGCAGCACUUUCCCCUCGGACGCGCCCAUUCAAGCUCUGAGCAGACCUCCAGCGAUCCAGGCAGGAGUGAUGCUCACUCGGGACACAUCACAUUCGGUUCUUUGAGGAAGCCCACCGAGGCGGCAAACUCCCGCUUGCCAACUGAACCAUCGGCGCCGGAGCCAACUGCCAGUCCCGUGAGUCGUGGCGAUACAAAUAGCGCUGCAAGUACCGUGUAUGUGGUUCGGUACCAUCCUGUGGCAGACGUGGCGCAGCCAAUUAGGCGGAGGCUGAAUGCGACUGGCGCUCGUAAAGCGAAUGGAUCCAGACGAAAGACGGAGGACUCGCCGAACGAAAAGGAGAUGGUCGAGGCAGAGGGAGGCUCCCGGCCAAACCGCAAUCGCGAGUCUGGCAUCUGGCAAUCGGUGCCAAACCCAUUCAAACGGAAACGUACUUCACCGCCUCAAGAAGUACAGCGGGCUAGAGCUGCCGCGGGGGACGGGCAAGGGGCGACAACACCGGCUCACAAUUUCUCCAGAUGGGAUGUGAAGAAUCGCUUGGGUGUAUUUGCUACGGAAACUGGUGACCGUUUCCGCGAGAGAGCGGCUGGGCGUAAACAGCAAGUUGAUCUGCCGGUGACCAUCAUACCAGCACAACCACGAGGCAGCGGACGGACGUGGAGUCCCGAUCAACGUGCGGUGAUGACGAUGUCAGCGCCGCGAACUACCACGGAGGCAAAUAAGGAGCCGCCUGACAGUGCUGGAAACACUUCCGCGACCCUUGUGGACAGUCAGACAGCCCUGGGCGGCGACAGCUCACGACCUAAACCCUAUUACGUCGCAGUGGGCACUCAUGCCGACUCUUCUGAGGGGCCAAUGUCAACGGCUGCAUCAACUCCACACCGGCCUCCACGCGCUGACGAAAUCCGGCCUGGAGCGGGUCGUGGAGGAAGUCCCAUUGUCAUUCCUGCGCCUCAGCGACGGACGCCAGCGAGUCAACAGGCCCCGACCCCUCCGGCACAAGGAAGGGGCAGCGAGAGCUCGAAUACGCCGAGGAAGACACCGCCGCACGGGUAA